GCAGAUGGAAGCCAGUGUGAGUUUGAGGUUCUGCAGGCAGGAGGUGUUUGAAGAACCAUGUGAGCUCUGUUCGUGAUGUAAAGACGGAUCCUUUCGCUUUUAUUUGAUUUUUUUUGACUCCCCGACAGUUGUGAGCAUACACCCCGCAACUUGUAAGCACUGGGGGCUCUUUUCUCGCUGAUGAUGCGUUGGACUUACGCGUGGAUUUCUUCCAGGCUGUCCGACAGAACUCAUGAAACCCUCUUCAGAGCGACGGUUUGUGGACUUGCGCAUUAGCUAAUGAUGUCUGUGGGUUUUAUGCCUGACAGUCUUAAUGGCUCAGAUCCCUCCAAGUCGGCCUUUCUAGAAUUCGGCCACGGACACUCGACGCACCAGCAGCACUCCUCCGGACUCUCUCACGUUUAUCCGGUUCACGGCUUGCACGCUGCUGGGCAUUCCCAGCACGAAAGCCCUUUUCCUGGUACCGCGUCCUAUGGCCGCUCUCUGGGCUACGCCUACCCAGGCACGGUGAACACUCAUCCCCCGUCCGCUUACAUGCCCUACCAACACAGCAAUCACAGCAACAGCAGCAGUGUGGCCCACAGCAGAUUAGAGCACACAGACCACGACAAGUCCGCUGUGAUUGAAAACAGAGACAUUCGUCUAAAUGGCAAAGGGAAGAAAAUUCGCAAGCCUCGGACCAUCUACUCCAGUCUGCAGCUGCAGGCUCUGCACCAGCGCUUCCAGCAGACACAGUAUCUGGCCUUACCGGAGCGCGCAGACCUUGCGGCCAAGCUGGGGCUAACACAAACUCAGGUGAAAAUAUGGUUUCAAAAUAAGCGCUCCAAGUACAAAAAGAUCAUGAAGCAUGGCAGCGGAUCAGAGGGAGAACAUCUCCACGGCACCAGCUCCAUCUCUCCCUGCUCGCCCGCAUUGCCCCAGCUAUGGGAGGUCUCCAUGGCGAACAAAGGAGCCCCGGUCCAUCCGAGCAGUUACAUGAACAGUUUCAGUCACUGGUAUCCGAAUCACCACCCUCAUCAUCAGGACGCGAUACACAGGCCUCAGAUGAUGUCAUUUCAAAAGAAUGAUGGAAUUGCCGGUUCCUUAAAGAAGUCUGGAUUAAUAACAGCCGGUGCUAUGAGACACUGACAAACACAAGCUUGAACUCUUCAGAGCUUUCUGAGCACUGCACGGCUCGGCCUGUGAUAAUGCCGUGCAAGAAUAAAAGCUGUCUUUUGUCCAUCAACACUCCUGAACUGCGAUUCACAAAAACCUGCGACCCUGCUUGAAUUUCGACAGCCAUUGUCAAAACACCUGGGGAUUGAUUUCUGUUAGACAAAGAGCAAAUAUCGGCCCUGGUAUCUUUUUUCGGUUUCGUAGGCUGUGUUGGCUUUACUGUCCACGUUUGAGUAUGACUGGGCUCGAUAUAAAUCGAAAGGAAGGCUGUUCCCUUACAGGAAAGCAGUUGUCUCCAGCUGAGACUAAAAAAGAGAGAGAGGGAUCCGAGUGGCCACCUUUACGCACCGUGGCUGAGUUUUAAUGUAACAUUUACGCACAGGAUAAAAAUUUUAAUACACUUGCUGUUCAAAUGUUUUUCUCAAUCUGAAAGCCAGUAUUACAGCUAAAAAUACGUUUUAUAUUAUUCAAAAAUAACAUUUCACUGCAUUUGUAUUGCUUGUUUUGGGUGUUUGUUAUAGAAUAUGUUUUGUCUAAAAACACACAGUUGUAUGCGUUUAAAGACGUUCAAGAGAUUAUCCACUAUCCAUCUUUUUUCAUCAUCAAAGAGGAGAGCGGAGAUGACGUGCAAGAAAGCAUUUUUACAAUAUUUCCCUUAUUUUCCAGUCAGAUCAAAAAGCAAACUCGCCCUUAUCAUAAUCAGAUGAUAAAUGGCUGCUCUGUCCCGACAAUAAACUGCGCCUGAUUUA